CGCGCGCUACCGGUUGUUCAAAGAAAGUGGCAGUGUGGAUUGCUAUCGGUCAAUUGUUGAGACUCUAAUCAAAGGGAUUCCAAUCCUUGCUGAACUGUGACUAGGCAGAAAAACAAGUGUUUAUGUGGGCAGAUUUUUUCCCUGCCCACCCCCUCUCGGUUCUUCUUUGAGACAUCGGAUUAUUUUCGAAGGAUUAUUACUUCUGGAUUAUGUGCUAAAUACCUGGAUAAAGAUUGGAAUUGAGUGAGUGGCAGUGAGUUAAAGGCGGCAAAUAAAUUCUGUUGAAUGGAAGAAUUCGCCGUUUGUGGAUCGCGGAACCGAGAUUCCUAUCUCAAUGGCAGUGUGACAUGAGGCAAGUGUCAGUCUCAGUGAAGCGCAUGGAAAUGCUGUAAAUCACAAUUCGUGAUCGAUCUUUGGAACAACAUUUUCCUGACCCACUUAUCAACGUCAGACCCCGAACACGGUCAAGUUCAAUCGCGUGAACAUAAAAAGAAAUAUAGUAGCAUAUGUUUUAAACGAUCUACGUCUGUAUUUCCAUAAACAUACAGAUUAACUAAUAAAACGAUCCCAUAAUCAAAACAAGUGCAUUACAAAUCGUUCGUGUCCGUAACAGAAGCCAGUUUCCUUCCUCCAAACGACGCGGGAGCUUAACAGGAACAAAUCCCUGUAAUCAAAGGGAAAAGAUCCCUCGGAAGCUUUCCAUCUGUCAGGCUCCCAGCCAGGUUGUUCCGGAAAACAAAGGCUCGUUUAGCGGAAUAUAACCUGACAGCCAGAAGUCAGCAGAGUGGCUUCUUCUUCUUCUUCGUUCAAUAAUAAUACGGACGUUCCGACAUGUUGGCGUUCGAGCUCGUCUGACUUCUACAGCUAGAUAGCACCAGACCAGGAGCAAGGUAGCAGAUUGUCCGGGUAUUAGAGUGUAUGUUGUUCCAGGUUCCAGUGAAUGAGUAUAAAUUGCCCUGCACCUGAUGCUUCUCCACCCAGCAACCUACAAAACAGGUUGACGCUUUCGUCCUUUUGAAAAAGUAGAAGCAACUGUGAGCGGUGAGAACAAAUGAACUGUCAUGAAUUAUGAAAAUGAUUUAACGCCAAAGUCCGGAAGCAGCAGCAGCGCCAGAAAUCGUCCCAGUCUGAGUCUCACCUGGAACCGGAAGCAGCUUCGUGUUAGUAGUGUUGGACCGAGAAUUUCCCUUCCCCAGAGCGUUGCUCCACCAGCAGUGGCGCCAUGGAUGGGGAAAAUCGUAUAAUUCUCAACGUAGGAGGAAUCAGAUAUGAAACCUACAAAGCAACGCUUAAGAAAAUACCCGCCACUCGCCUGUCCCGGCUAACGGAAGCCCUCGCCAAUUACGACCCGAUCCUAAAUGAGUACUUUUUCGAUCGGCAUCCGGGAGUUUUCGCCCAGGUGCUUAACUAUUAUCGCACCGGCAAGCUACACUAUCCAACCGAUGUCUGCGGGCCACUUUUCGAGGAGGAGCUGGAGUUCUGGGGCCUCGACUCAAACCAGGUGGAACCGUGCUGCUGGUCGACCUACAGCGUGCAUCGAGACACUCAGAGCACCCUUGCGAUUCUGGACAAGCUGGAGCUGGACGAUGAGCAGCCCUCCGAAGAAGCUAUUGCCCGGUUGUUUGGGUUCGAGGAAGCACUGCUCAAUGGAGAGCUGACCUGCUGGCAGCGAACGAAACCCAAGAUUUGGGCCCUCUUCGAUGAACCGUCCAGCUCGACGGGAGCAAAGAUCGUCGCCGGCAUUUCGGUCUUCUUCAUCUGCAUUUCUGUGAUAUCAUUCUGUUUGAAAACGCACCCGGGAUUGCGCGUCGAAAUUCCGGCCAUCCUAAACAUCACGACCAAUGGCAGCAGCAUGAUCCUGAGCCAUGCCCCCAGCAUCGGAAGCAUCGGGGGUGGUUUUCUGUCCAGCAGCGGGGGCGUUCCCCUGGAUGGUGGAGGGAAAAGUUCAUCGGCAGAUGGUGGUACCCCAUCACCGUCAUCUGGGUCCGGAUCCGGGAGCAGAGGGACCGCUUCCGGCAGUUCCAGUUCCAGUAGCACUAGUAGCAGUAGCAGUUCCGGCAGCAGCAGCACCAGCAGCAGCAGCGGUCUUCCGCAACGUUCCGGCCGGCUGAUUUCCGGGGCCUAUCGGAUCCAAUCCGGCAAGGGGGGCAACAUAGUCGAUAAUUGGCAGGAGACGUACGGUCAACCGCAUGAAGCUUUCUUCUAUGUGGAGCUGGUUUGCAAUGUUUGGUUCAUCAUCGAGCUAACGGUUCGGCUUGUGGUGACCCCAAACAUCUUCGAGUUCAUCAAAUCGCCGGUGAACAUCAUCGACCUGGCGGCCACUCUCAGCUUCUACACCGACGUGUGCCAAAGGAUGGGCGAGCAGACGGGCCUUCUGGAAGCGUUCAGCAUCGUCCGGAUCCUGCGGUUGUUCAAGCUGACGCGCCAUUCACCCGGGCUUCGGAUCCUGAUUCACACUUUUAAAGCGUCGGCCCGAGAGUUGACCCUGUUGGUGUUUUUUCUAGUGCUCGGAAUCGUCGUUUUCGCCAGUUUGGUUUAUUACGCCGAAAAGCUACAGGAUAAUCCGGACAACCAGUUCAAAAGCAUCCCGCUGGGCCUGUGGUGGGCAAUCGUGACCAUGACCACGGUUGGGUACGGCGAUAUGGCCCCGAAGACCUACGUCGGGAUGUUUGUGGGAGCGCUCUGUGCCCUGGCAGGUGUGCUCACGAUCGCCCUUCCGGUUCCGGUCAUCGUCAGCAACUUUUCGAUGUUCUACUCCCACACGCAGGCUCGCUCCAAGCUGCCGAAGAAGCGCCGAAGAGUCCUGCCGGUGGAGCAGCCUAGAAGAAAAAGGGACCUGGGGGCGGCAGCCAAUCGAAGGAUGAACGCGAUGAAGCAUCAACAUGCCACCCACCCUGCCACCGGACAUCCGGCCAUCUUUAAGGACGCUUUCGGUGGGGCGAAAAUCGGAUCUUCGUAG